UAUCAGAUUAUUUUGGAGUGUUUUAUUUUGGCAGGCUUCCCGGAAGUGACGCGUCGGAGCGGCUGGCGCUUGUUGCGGUGAGUCAGUCACCAUGGUGGUGGCACACAACAGAGGCUCUGGACCGACCCGCACUUUUAGACCCACUAAAAAGGCGUUUUAAGGCGUUUUUUCAGCGCGUGCGGCGCCCUGCCUCUUAGGAUGGGGAACACAGAGUUUUCUUAGGUAGAAUUUCAGUCCAGUGUUUGUUUUCCGGACGCUGCCCGGAUUUUGUUCCCGUCGCCGACAGAAGAAAGCUGAGGAGAGCAGGAAUGCCUCUACCGAGCUCGAAUAAAGGAAUACCGGGAUUCACAGCUUCCAAGUAACCGAGAGUAGCCGGUGGAGCCGCGCUUUUGCUCGGAGCUUCCUCCCGGAGGAGGGCUGCGGUUGCCAACCAGAGCUUCGGAUUGAGCAACAGCGGGACCCCGGGGAGGCGGCUCGGCUGUGUGGCUCCGGUCGUGGCCUGGCUGCGGGCACUCCCAGCUCACCCGCUAGCCUUGGAGCUCAGCCGAGAACACUGAAGACAGACGCGAAGGCCUCCGGACUCGGUUCUCCGUGGGCCGUGGAGACUUUCUGAUUUUAAGGAGUCUUCAUCCUCCAGGCGACGUUCUCCAGGAACAAUGGCGUCGUACGUGGAUAACCGCUUUCGUCAGGCGGUGAUGAUGAAUCCGGCUGAGAGGACUCAACAGGACCUGGAGAUCGUCUACUCCUAUCUCCAUGGGAUGGAGGCCUUGUCCAACCUGAGGGAACAUCAGCUGAGGAUGAUGUGUGAGACGGUGCGUUACGAGAGGCACGAGGCCAACGAAGUGCUUUACUACCCUGAAGACAUUGGCAGCUGCUGGUACAUCCUGUUAUCUGGUUCAGUUUUCAUCAAGGAGUCCAUGUUCCUCCCUAGAAGCAGUUUUGGGAAGAGAUCAGCCGGCAGCCUGCGGCGUGGAUGUGAGUGCAUCGUCCUCGAACCCUCAGAGAUGAUUGUGGUGGACUAUAUGGACGAAAAUGAGGAGUACUUUCAGCGACAAGCCUCACACAGACAGUCCCGCCGGCGCUUUCGGAAAAUUAACCAGAAAGGAGAGAGGCAGACAAUCAUCGACACGGUGGAUCCGUACCCCACUGGGAAGCCUCCCAUAGCCCGGGGUUACCACACGGAAUGCAGUAAAGCUCAGCUUCCUGCAGACUUCAGCAGACUUCACCUGGCCGACGGCUUACACCCACAGGUGACCCACGUCUCCUCCAGCCACUCAGGAUGUAGUAUCACCAGCGACUCUGGAAGCAGCAGCCUGUCAGACAUUUACCAGGCCACAGAGAACGAGCCCGGUGACAUGGACCUGAGCGGCCUGCCGGAGACCGCCGUCGACUCUGAGGAGGAUGACGAUGAGGAGGACAUCGAGCGAGCGUCGGACCCUCUGAUGAGCCGAGACAUUGUGCGGGACUGCCUGGAGAAGGACCCCAUCGACCGCACAGACGACGACAUAGAGCAAUUACUGGAGUUCAUGCAUCAGCUGCCAGCGUUUGCUAACAUGACCAUGUCAGUGAGGAAGCAACUCUGCGCCGUCAUGGUCUUUGCUGUGGUGGAGCGUGCCGGCACCAUCGUUCUCAACGAUGGGGAGGAGCUGGACUCGUGGUCGGUGAUCCUCAACGGUUCAGUGGAGGUGACGUACCCCGACAGCCGAACUGAAGUCCUGUGUAUGGGCAACAGCUUCGGGGUGUCCCCCACCAUGGAGAAGGAGUACAUGAAAGGUGUCAUGAAGACCAAGGUGGACGACUGCCAGUUUGUGUGCAUAGCCCAGCAGGACUACUGCUGCAUCCUCAACCAGGUAGAGAAGAACAUGCAGAAGGUUGAGGAAGAAGGAGAGAUCGUUAUGGUGAAGGAGCACCGGGAACUGGACCGCACCGGCACCAGGAAGGGUCACAUCGUCAUCAAGGGCACACCUGAACGCCUCACCAUGCACCUGGUGGAGGAGCAUUCAGUGGUGGACCCCACCUACAUCGAAGACUUCCUGCUGACCUACAGGACCUUCCUCUCCAGCCCCAUGGUCGUGGGCAAGAAGCUCCUGGAGUGGUUUCAUGACCCCAGUCUCAGGGACAAGGUUACUCGGGUAGUUUUGCUGUGGGUGAACAAUCACUUCAACGACUUUGAGGGCGACCCCGCCAUGACCCGCUUUUUGGAGGAGUUUGAAAACAUGCUGGAGAAAGAAAAAAUGUGUGGACACCUCCGACUGUUAAACAUAGCAUGUGCUGCUAAAGCCAAGCCGCGGCUGGUGACACUGACCAAGCCGUCCAGGGACUCUCCUCUCGGGUUCAGCCUCCUCGGAGGGCAGGAGAAAGGUUCCCGCAUCUUCAUUGAUGCUGUGGAGCCGGGGAGUAAGGCAGCAGAAGUUGGCCUUAAACGUGGAGAUCAGAUCUUGGAGGUCAAUGGACAGAAUUUUGAAAAUGUCCAGCUCAGCAAAGCCAGUGAGAUUCUAAAGAACAACACCCACUUGUCCAUAACUGUGAAGACAAAUCUUUUAGUGUUUAAGGAGCUGCUAACGCGACCUGAGCACGACCACGACACGGACGUGGAGGACGACCACGACAGGAAGAACGGGGCUCCCCACCAGCCAAAGAUCGGAGAUAUCAAGAAGGCCAGCCGCCACUCCAUCCCAGACCUGGCGGUGGACGUGGAGCAGGUGAUGGGGCUGGAGAAAGCCAGCAAGAAGGCCAAAGCUAACACGGUCGGAGGACGCAACAAGUUAAAGAAGAUCUUUGACAAGACGCUCACCAGCAUCCUGCCCCCCAAACCAUACAACGACGUUUGCGUCGGCCAAUCACAGGAUGACAGCAUAUUGGGGAUGAAGCAGUCCAAACAGAUCCCUCCCGCGCUGCCGGUCAGUGGAAACCUGUCGUCCUCCAACCCAGACCUCCUGCAGUCACACCACCGCAUCCUGGACUUCAACAACCAGCCUGUACCGGUCCUUCUGAACAUGUCAGACCAAGUGCUUCGGGUUUUCAAGGCAGACCAGCAGUCGCGGUACAUCAUGAUUGGAAAGGACACCACGGCUAAGGAGGUGGUGGUCCAGGCCAUCAGGGAGUUCGCUCUGACUGCAGCCCCGGAGGCGUACUCGCUGUGUGAGGUGUCCGUCACUCCGGAGGGAGUCAUCAAGCAGCGCCGCUUACCUGACCAGCUCUCAAAACUGGCUGACAGGAUUCAACUGAGCGGCAGAUACUACCUGAAGAGCAACAUGGAGACGGAGACGCUAUGCUCGGACGAGGACGCCCAGGACCUCCUACGAGAAGGCCAGAUCUCCCUGCUGCAGCUCAGCACUGUGGAGGUGGCCACGCAGCUCUCCAUGCGAGCUUUCGAGUUGUUCUGCGCCAUCGAGCCCACAGAGUACAUCGACGACCUGUUCAAGCGGCGCUCGAAGACGGGCUCUGCCAGCCUGAAGCGCUUCGAGGAAGCCAUCAACCACGAGACCUUCUGGGUGGCCACAGAGGUGACGCGGGAGCCCAACCAGCUCAAGCGGAUGAAGAUCAUCAAGCAUUUCAUCAAGAUUGCCCUACACUGCCGAGAGUGUAAGAACUUCAGCUCCAUGUUUGCCAUCAUCAGCGGCCUGAACUUAGCUCCAGUGUCCAGACUGAGGGGAACAUGGGAGAAGUUACCCAGCAAGUAUGAGAAGCUGUUUGGGGACCUGCAGGACCUCUUUGACCCGUCUAGGAAUAUGGCAAAGUACCGGAACGUUCUGAACAACCAGAACCUCCAGCCACCGAUCAUCCCUCUGUUUCCAGUCAUCAAGAAGGAUCUGACCUUCCUGCACGAAGGAAAUGACUCCAAAGUGGACGGCCUGGUGAACUUUGAGAAGCUGAGGAUGAUUGCCAAAGAAAUCCGCCAUGUGGGUCGGAUGGCUUCUGUCAACAUGGACCCGGCGCUCAUGUUCCGGACCAGGAAGAAGAAAUGGAGAAGUUUAGGGUCUCUCAGUCAGGGCAGUGCCAACGCGGCGGUGCUGGACGUCAAUCAAACGGGCGGCCAUAAGAAGCGGGUGCGGCGCAGUUCCUUCCUGAACGCCAAAAAGCUUUACGAGGACGCGCAGAUGGCCCGGAAGGUCAAGCAGUACCUGUCCAACCUGAGCCUAGAAACCAACGAGGAGAGUCUGCAGACGCUGUCGCUGCAGUGUGAAGCCUCCAUCAGCACACUGCCCAAGAAUACCGGCGGGAAGCGACCAGACACUUCUCCGGUGGUGUCCAGAGCUGCGAGCCAGCAAAGAGGCCAGCUGGCCAAAGGGAACCAGGCUCUGCAGGUCCCCGCUGUGGCCCUGCACCCCUCCCGAAAGAGAGUGCCGGUCAAGGAUCUGCCACCGUUUGGCACCAGUUCACCCCAGUCCCUGAAGAAGAUCCUGUCUCUGUCCGAGGAGGGAAGCGAGCGGCACCGCAAGCCCCCGGAGGACACAGUGUCCAACGCUUCCUCCCAGCUCUCCUCCCCCCCCACCUCCCCACAAAGCUCACCCAAGAAGGGCUACGGCCGGAUAGGAGACGCCUACUCAGACUCUGGACACAGUGAGAUCUCAUCCCGCUCCAGUCUGGUCAGUAACUCCUCCUUCGACAUGACUCAGGAGGAGAGGAGGCUGCGGCACUCCGGGGGAGGGGGGGAGUUCCACGCCGGCGGUCCUCGGAUGGAACGGAGAGCCACCACUGACGCUGACCAGUACAGCCUGGGGUCGUACUCGUCCAUGCAGGACUGUCGGGGCAUCUACGCCGGCUGCCCCACCGUGCUGUCCUCCCCCAGCUCAGAGGAACUGACCCAGGACCAAGGGGACCGCGUCUCUCUUGAUGCUGCAGACAGCGGCCGCGGCUCCUGGACUUCCUGUUCCUCCGGCUCCCAUGACAACAUCCAGACCAUGCAGCAAGGGCGCAGCUGGGAGACUCUCAUUUUGGGUGGAGGUAGCAGUGGGGGUGGCAUUGGAGGACUUCCACCAGGACCUGAGGUUUUAGGGGGCUUAGGGGGUCAUGCUGCUCUGUGGGCAGCACAGACCAGGGGGAGCUGGGCGUCUGUCAGCUCCUCGUCAUCCUCAGCGGCGUACUGGGGGGAGGACUCAGAAGGAGACACAGGAACCAUCAAGAGGAGAGGCGGGAAGGACGUGAACGCAGACGCAGAGACCAGCAGCAUCACCUCCACGGGCUCCGAGGAGGCCAAGCAGCUCUGCCGGCCCACUCCGUCACCCAUCACAGCGGGGGCACGUAAGGAAGGCCGUUACCGGGAACCUCCCCCAACUCCCCCCGGCUACACCGCCCUGACCAUGUCUGAUCUCUCUGAGGGCCAGCACCCUCCUCCGCCUGCCCCCACAUCCACAGCCACCCACUCAGGCCGCCGCCCACCUGACUACACCACAGCUCUGCAACGCUCGCGCAUGGUCACUCAGUCCCCCGACUCCCACCAGGCUCAGCAGGGCUCCAAGCACCGGGGGGCCGGCCCCCAGCGCACAUGCUCACCGGCUGAGGAGCAGGAACCCGAGGAGGAGGAGGAGG